AUGGACUUCCAGCAUGAGUUUGGGUUGCCUGGCAACGCUACCACAGCAGUCCCAUCAAGUACUCCUCCCCAGGCUCUUAACGAUCUGUGGGGCCAACUCGAACUCAUCACAUUCGGCUCAGGGAUUUUUGUAUCCAUCAUUUCACUCGUCACACUCCUGGGGAAUGGACUUCUAAUCUUGGCAAUAUGGCGAGACCCAUUCCGUACAUUCCGCAUUCCCUCAACCGUUUUCAUCCUUGGAUUGUGUGUGGCGGACUUUCUGACUGGUCUCAUAGUUGGCCCCAUCUACGCCUUCGUUAAGUUCGCUAGCUAUCUCAGGCUUCCCAUUAAAGGCACAACGCUUUAUGGCUCGCUCUACCAAGGAUGUCUACUGGUGUCGUAUGUGACAAUGAAUGCGUCGUACGGUGUCCUAUUACUGCUCACGUGGAGUCAAUACAUAGCUGUCAAAAUGCCCCACAAGCACCGCUCUUUGGUUAGUACCAAACGAGCUGUCACAGGGGUGAUAUGCGCGUGGUUUUACGCGCUCCUUUUCGCCUUACUUCCGGUUAUGGGCGUACCAAAUCACGUGGUCAGUAAGAUGGAUCUUUGGGUGAACACUACUGGAUGCUUGGUAAUGCUUCUUGUAGCGUACAUUUGUCUGUACACGGCAUUUCAUCGACACGCCACGAAGGUUUAUUCCGAGCAAAGCACUUCGGAACAUCAUCCGAGGGCGAGCCGAAGACGCCGACGACGCAGCGAGCGCCAAUUGACUGUAGUGACGCUUGCUUUAGUAGUGUUUAUCGUGCUCUUUACGCUUCCUUCGACUGUAACUCAUUAUAUCGACGCUUACUGGACUCCAUCAACAGCUGAAGAAAAGAUACGAUAUAGCAUGGCGUUGCAGCUUUCUGGUAAUGUUUUGCUGUUAAAGUUCGCGUUGGAUCCGUUUAUUUACUGCUGGAGGCUGUCCUCAUACAGACGUGCCCUUAAAAGCGUCCUCACGUGCAGAAGACAGGUAACAGCGGUCGAAUGCUCCACAGAAGCGGUGUCUGGAGCUCAAACUCUUAGGACAAUCCAUGGUCCACCUGAACCUCGAGGUACCUGCAGUUAUAGCAUUUGUACUGAGAACACAAUAAGGGUCUCUAAAGUAGAGGUGUCGAAACAUGUCAAAGUAAUUCUUAGUGUAAACGAAAGAGUUUUAAAAGGUAACGAAGCGACGCCGAGUGUAAACGAGGAGGUUGCGAUGGAUAGAAAAGUUAUGGAAAGUGUCAUCGAAGAAGUUCCAAAGGAAAGAGAAGAGAUUCUGAGUGCUGGAAAAGAGUUUCAAAAGGAAAAAGAAGUAGUUCCAAUAGUGACCGAAGACCUGCCGUGUGGUACAGAAAUCCUCAUGAGAGUCCCAUAAGAACAGGAAAGGUAGAAAAAUAUUUUCGAAGGUGACCGGAAAAGCCACGAGAAAUGAAGAAGUCAGACAAAGAAGCAUUUCCGAGCGCCAUGGAAUAAUUGAUGAUUCUAAAUGAAGUAGGGUUACUUAUCCAAAUGGGGAUUUCUUAAGGUGACGAAAUUAUAUUGUAUUAUCAUGUAACAUCCAGUGAGUUUCGAGGUUGGCGAAGUGAUUUUGUGUGUUUGAAAAAGAGUUGACCAAUGGCUGACAAAUUAUUUUACGAAAGAGUUCUGGAGGAUGCCAAGGAAUUACUCCAAAGGAUAACACAUUACAGGGCUACCAGUGAAUCAUUUAAGAAAUAUUUCAAACUUUACAACGUCUUUAAGUAAUCAUCCAUACAAGAAUUGUGCAAAGUCCUAUUAUCCUGCGGCAAAAAGCUUUUUAAGCUUUCCCACAGAGGAUCUUUUUUAUACCAAACAUGCAUGCAGGACAUAAAAGAUUGUAAGAUUUUGAAGAAGUUGCGUAAAUCAUGUCAUUCCCUGUACACCUUACAGGUAAUCUUCUGUGGUGAACCAAUCAAAAGAAGCAAGAACAAUAGUUGUUAGUUGUCUUUACAAGGUUUCAAACCAAAAUCGUCACAAGUAUUAUGAAUCAUGUUGUGUCAUGUGUAUCAUAACUCUUGCCUUGGCCAAUCAAAUAAUUAACAAAAGCAUAUUUUACAUGCCAGCGGUUGCCUAGUGUUUGUGGAGCAUUUUGGGCACAUGUGUUAUGAGAACAAAUCAAUAAUCAAAGGGCAUGUAGUUUGGAAUAAAAGGCGAGUGUCACAA